AUGGAUAGAAUAUCAUUUCUUGGAUAUAAUAUACCAAUUGAAGUAAAGAAUAUCUUACCAUUGGCACAAAAGUUGGAGCAAGCAUUCACAAGACACAUCGUUGCACUGGUGGUAUCCUAUUUGAAAUCAAAGAAAAUAGAUCAGAAUCAACAAGAGUACGAAAAGUUCAAUCAGAUCACUAGAGACAUACAUGACAAGCUCAACAUAAGCAGUAGUAACAUCGUUGAGAAAGACAAUACACUCGAUUCCAACGUAUCGUCGAUCGUAUUCACCGGUAUCUAUUAUAUUCUGAAGCUGGCAAUCAAAACAAAGGUCACUGUAGAGUACUUUCAAACCGAUCUAAAUGAAUUGAAGUUGCCCGCUCCAUUCAUUGCAGAUCUACAAAAUGUUUAUACUAAACUUCGUAAAGAAUUAAUUGAAAAAGUACAAAAUGAUAAGAUUCUAUUCCCACAAUUGGAAACAUUUAAAUGGCGUGUAGACGUUAUCAUUAGUAGCAGUUUUACAUCAAGAGUGUUGAACCCAGUCAUCUUGAUGGAGAUUACAGAUACCAAAGGAAAAGAAAGAACAUUCGAAGUCAGUUUAGAUACUUUCCAUAAAUUACGUUAUAAUGUAUCAAAAGUAUUAAAAGAUAUGGAGGAUUUAGAUCAAUUACCAAUAUUAAAGAUCGAUAAAUAG